GGAAGGAACAGCAGGUGUAUGACGAAUGUUUAAGAAAUGGCGAAUUCAACUGGGGAGGGCCACAGUAUGCAGGCUCCUACUGAUCUGGGAUCAGCCUCUCUCCCUCCCUCCCUCACAGCUCAGACCAAGGGCAGUACUGUGGACCACAGAAAGCAGCAGCAUUUUGUCACAGCUCAGUCUGGAAGCAAUGCUGUAGCACCAGUAAUAACUGAGUCUUCCAUUCAGGGAGGCGUUACUUACAAUUUUAACAAUUCAUUUAAUAACUUCAACCCAUCUCAGAACACUGGUGUUGAGGAUGGAGCUUCGGGCAGUGAUGACAGCCACAGAAGCAAAGAUGAAUCCAUAAUUACAGACACACAGACACUAAAAUCUGACUUGAAGAAGAAGUUUGCAGACAUAUUUGAGAACCAUCACAUCCCCCUGAAUGAGAUCUUCACAGAGCUCUACAUCACAGAGGGGGGAAGCUGGGGGGUCAAUACUGAACACGAGGUGCGGCAGAUUAAGAGAACAUUCACAAGACAGGCGUCUCAGGAGACUCUAAUUAUCUCCAAUGACAUCUUUAAACCCACACCUGGUCAUGCGUGCAUCAGAACUGUUCUCACAAAGGGGAUCGCUGGCAUUGGGAAAACUGUCUCUGUGCAGAAGUUCAUUCUAGACUGGGCAGAAGGAAAAGCCAAUCAGGACAUUGAUUUCAUUUUUCCAAUUCCUAUCCAAGAUCUGAAUUUGAGAAAAGCGAAAGAAUUCAGUCUGAUAGAACUUCUUCAGCACUAUUUUCCAAAACUCACUUUCCUAAAUCAUAUUUCCCUGGAUGAGAUUAAAAGCCUCGAUUGUAAAGUCAAAGUGUUGUUUAUCUUUGAUGGUCUAGAUGAGUGUCAACCUCCUUUAGAUUUUUCGAAAAAAGAGAUGUGGUGUGAUGCAACAACGAGAACUUCAGUGGACACUCUCCUGAAAAAUCUCAUUGCCGGGGAUCUUCUGCGCUCUGCUCUCCUCUGGAUCACCUCCCGACCAGCAGCAGCCAAUCAGAUCCCUCCUGAGUGCAUCCGCCGAGUGACGGAGGUACGAGGGUUCAAUGACGCACAGAAGGAGGAGUACUUUAAGAAAAGAAUCAGAGAUCAGAGCCUGGCUGGCCGAGUUAUCUCACACAUGAAGACAUCCAGGACUCUGCACAUCAUGUGUCAUAUUCCAGUCCUCUGUCGGAUUUCAGCUGCUGUCCUAGAGACAGUGUUUGGUGGUUAUGGAACUGAAGUAAUCCCCAAAUCUCUUACGGAAAUGUACACACACUUCCUGCUUACUCAAAUGAAUAUGAACAAAAAAAAGUAUCACAGCACGAAUGAGACAAACUCAAAGAAAAUGUCAGCAUCAGAUGUAGAAAUCAUCCUGAAAUUGGGGACGUUGGCUUUUCAACACCUGAAAAAGGGAACCCUGAUCUUCUCUGAAAAGGACCUGAGUGAAUGUGACAUCGAUUUCACUGAAGCAUCAAUGCACUCUGGUCUGUGCACGCAGAUCUUUAGAGAGGAUUCUGGGUUGUACCGGGAGAAGGUCUACUGCUUUGUGCAUCUGAGCAUCCAGGAGUACUUGGCCGCUUUAUUUGCGUUUUAUUCAUUUGUAAACGAAAAAAUAAAUCUGCUCAGUCCAGAGGAACAAUUUGCAGAGAAUAGGCACGAAAUCUCACUGUCUGAUUUACACAGGACUGCAGUGGACGAGGCCCUUCGGAGUGUGAAUGGACAUCUGGACCUUUUCCUUCGAUUCCUUCUUGGCCUCUCGCUGGAGUGCACACAGGAACUUCUCCAGGACCUUCUGACCCGGACAGAAAGCAGUUCACAAAGUACAGAGGAAACUGUUCAAUACAUUAAAGAAAAGAUCAGAGCGGACAAUUCAACAGAAAGGAUCCUGAAUCUGUUCCACUGUCUGAAUGAACUGAAUGACAACUCUCUAGUGGAGGAAAUCGAGACUUCCCUGCGAUCAGGAAAACUUUCCACUGUCACACUGGACCCAGGACAAUGUUCGGCUGUGGCCUUUGUGCUGCUGAUGUCACAGGAGGUCGUGGAUGUAUUUGAGUUGAAGACGUACAACACAUCAGAGGCAGGUUGGCUGAGGCUGCUAACUGUAGUCAGAAACUGCAGGAGGGCCAUGCUUUCUGACUGUAAUCUCACAGAGGAGUCCUGCAAAAUUGUGGCAUCAGCCGUUCAGUUAGAUUCUUCACCCCUGGUAGAGCUGGACCUCAGCCACAAUGGCCUGGGAGAUUCAGGAGUGGAGCUGCUCUGUGCUGGACUGAGGAAUCCAAACUGUAAAUUACAGAUUAUAAGGCUUUCUGACUGCAAUCUCACAGAGGAGUCCUGCAAAAUUGUGGCAUCAGCCGUUCAGUUAGAUUCUUCAACCCUGGUAGAGCUGGACCUCAGCCACAAUGGCCUGGGAGAUUCAGGAGUGGAGCUGCUCUGUGCUGGACUGAGGAAUCCAAACUGUAAAUUACAGAUUAUAAGGCUGUCAGGCUGUCAGGUGACUGAGAGAGGCUGUGCUUCUCUGGCUUCUGCUCUGUCUUCAAACCCCUCACACCAGAGGGAGCUGGAUCUGAGCUACAAUCACCCAGGGGAGUCAGGAGUGAGAGCGCUCUCUGCUGCACUGGAGGACCCCAGCUGUAGACUGGAGAAACUGAAGCUUUCUGACUGUAAUCUCACAGAGGAGUCCUGCAAAAUUGUGGCAUCAGCCGUUCAGUUAGAUUCUUCACCCCUGGUAGAGCUGGACCUCAGCCACAAUGGCCUGGGAGAUUCAGGAGUGGAGCUGCUCUGUGCUGGACUGAGGAAUCCAAACUGUAAACUACAGAUUAUAAGGCUGUCAGGCUGUCAGGUGACUGAGAGAGGCUGUGCUUCUCUGGCUUCUGCUCUGUCUUCAAACCCCUCACACCUGAGGGACCUGGAUCUGAGCUACAAUCACCCAGGGGAGUCAGGAGUGAGAGCGCUCUCUGCUGCACUGGAGGACCCCAGCUGUAGACUGGAGAAACUGAACGUUGACCAUGGAGGAGAGAACAGGCUCAAACCAGGCCUGAGGAAAUAUGCCUGUCAGCUCACACUGGACCCCAACACGGCGCAUAAGGAGCUCAUUCUCUCUGAGGGGAACAGGAAAGUGACUCGAUCAGAGGGGAAAGAGGAACCUUAUCCUGAUCACCCAGAGCGAUUUGACUUCUGUCCCCAAGUGCUGUGCAGAGAAGGUCUUACUGGGCGCUGCUACUGGGAGGUGGAAUGGACCAGGGGAGACCAUUACUUUGAACGGACUGCAAUUGGAGUCGCAUAUCAAGGAAUCUGCAGGAAAGGUUCAGUGUUCAGUGUGGAUUCCCUUGGACGCAGUAACAAGUCCUGGAUUCUGGAAUUGGAUACAAUCGUUUGUUACCCCUGGCACAAUGGGAAGGGGUGUCCCGUAUGCGUGCCCUCCAGUAGGUCCUGCAGAGUUGGGGUGUACCUGGACUGGCCAGCCGGCAUUCUGUCCUUCUAUGGGAUCUCUGACACACUGACCCACCUGCACACUUUCCACACCACCUUCACUGAACCUGUCUAUCCUGCAUUUAGAGUUACUCCAGAUUCCUCAGUGUCCCUGUGCAUGCUGGGAUAG